UUUGUACCCUUAACCCUUCCAACAAACACACACCUACCUCCGAUCAUAAUACUCUCAAUAUUCCGGCGAACAUGUCUGGCAUUGUGGUAGUUUUCGACUUUGACAAGACGAUAAUCGACAUCGAUAGCGAUAAUUGGGUUGUGGAUGAAUUAGGUGCUACUGAUCUCUUCAAUCAACUCCUCCCCACCAUGCCUUGGAACUCCAUGAUGGACAAGUUGAUGGAGGAACUGCAUUUACAAGGUAAAACAAUUGAGGACAUCAAACAAGUACUAAACCGUGUCCCAAUACAUCCUAGGAUUGUUCCUGCUAUAAAAGCUGCGCACGCUUUGGGAUGCGAUCUGAGGAUUGUUAGUGAUGCGAAUACGUUCUACAUAGAAACGGUGUUAAGUCAUCUUGGAAUACGAGAAUGUUUCUCGGAGAUCAACACGAAUCCCGGAUUUGUGGACGAUGAAGGAAAGUUAAGGAUUUUGCCUUACCAUGAUUUUCUUAGAUCUCCGCACGGUUGUAGUCUCUGUCCUCCUAACAUGUGCAAGGGUAAAGUCAUAGAAAGAAUUCAAUCCACUUUCAAGAACGAAAAAGAUAAAAGAAUUAUAUAUUUGGGCGAUGGAGCGGGUGACUUUUGCCCGAGUUUGAAGCUUGGGAAAGGGGAUUACAUGAUGCCGAGGAAAGAUUUUCCCGUUUGGGACUUGAUAUGCAAAAACCGAGAGCUUGUUAAGAGUGAAAUUCAUGAAUGGACCAAUGGAGAGGAUCUUGAGCGAAUUCUUUUACAUCUUAUAACUUCGCUAAUCUCAACGGAAGAUAUGAAGAGCAACAUUGACAACACAAGUCAAUUGUUUGAUUGCAAGUUUGAGACUAUUGCUCUCGGAGCUUUGCCUAAACCUCUAUAUGUUCCUCAGUAACGGAUAUUUGGAUUUAUUUAACUAUGUGUUUUUAACGCGUAUGGUAGUAGUCUAGUAGAUUUUGUUCUUAAAACUUGAUUGAUUAAAAAAGAGUGUAUGGUGUUUGUAUGUUUUCAUCCUUUCCAUGAUCUUAUUGAUGGAUACAUGGUAAUUAUUGACCCGAUUAAAAGAUUACAUAUGUUAUAUUAUCUUCUCCAAAAGAAAA